UAUAUGACCCCUACGGUGUAGUGGGAUUGAAGAAUGUUGGCUUCUAUUUGCACAUUUUCCGCUUCGAGACUCUUCCCCAAGCCCACAGCCUUCUCUCUCCUACGGACCUCUGCUCAUCCUCGCUUUCAAGUCCGUUCCAUGGCCGACUCUGCCUUCAAGAAAAUCCAGAUUCAAAGGGACGACACUGCAUUUGAUGUGUAUGUGGUUGGCAAAGAAGAUGCUCCUGGCAUUGUUGUGCUUCAAGAGUGGUGGGGUGUGGAUUUUGAAAUCAAGAACCAUGCUGUGAAAAUUUCUCAACUUGGGCCUGGAUUUAAAGCACUUAUCCCAGAUUUGUAUCGGGGAAAGGUCGGUUUGGAUGUUGCUGAAGCUCAACACUUGUUUGAUGGUCUUGAUUGGCAAGGUGCUGUCAAAGAUAUCCAUGCUUCAGUUAACUGGCUUAAAGCAAAUGGUUCAAAAAAGGUGUGGCUGUUGUUUACUUGUUGGAUCAAUAAAAGAAUACUGAUUUAA